AUGGCCUCUUCCGACUGGUACACCAUCCCCUGCCGACCUCAUAUCAAGAUUGAUGAUGAGCUCCUUGAUGAGGGAUUCGUCAAGAACGCUCUUGUCCUUGCCGAUCAGGACCCUCAAAGAUCCGGCGUGUUCUUCUCGGAGUUCCUCACCGGUUACUACAAGCAAAUCGCCCUGGGGAAAUGCAAGGACAUCGGAGAUACUUUCCUCGGGACUCUUUCUGAGGAUGGCGACACGAUUGCGUGGGACAUGCGUCGCGACAUGUUCCUUGGUGCUUCUCAGGCCUAUCACCAAUGCCAUAGGCUGCGACAUAUCUAUGAGAGUCUUCAAGCUGUCAUGAUCAGUCCACCCACAUAUCUCGAGUCUCUGUUGCAGUCAUUGCGCUAUGCGUAUGAGGAACAGGCCCUCCUGGCUGCUUGGAGAGUGCGGCACAUUAAAAGUGUGGGACGAUUCUAUGAACAGAGCAGGGAGAGGGCAACCCUGUCGGCCACAGAGCAGUAG